GUGAAAGGAGUUCUUCAUCUUCACGACGUCCCGCACUUUGUGCCUAAGGCUUUUAUUGUGGAAAUGAGUGAACUAUCACCUGGAGAGAGCGCGGCGCGGCGCGGCUCAGCAUCCCAUCCAGCUGGAGUGAGUCUCAGGAAAGCCUGCGUUUGGACUGUUGGAGGAGGAGCAGACGACAUGUUCCGUCCCGAUACCAGAGGGAUCUUUCUUUCUCUGUGUCUUACUCGAGUGGCUUUGUCCCUUUUGCACCCGGAGUGUGAGUUCUACUUUCAGCUGGAGAAAGAGGAGCGGCUCUGCCUGCAGUACAUCGCCGAGCAGGAAAACAGAAGCACGGAAGGUUGCAGACCGUUAUGGGAUGAAGUUGUCUGCUGGCCUCACGCUGUUACCGGUGAAACUGUGCAAAGAGGUUGUCCUGCAGUCUUUUCUCUGUUCAGAAACAUCACAGGGUCGGUGAGCCGAAACUGCACGAGCCGCGGCUGGUCAAAACCUUUUCCAGCGUACCACAUCGCCUGCACUGUGGAUGAUGACAUUCCCGAGACGGAGCAGUCGUACUUUGCCACCGUGAAGCUGAUAUACACCAUCGGCUACAGCAUCUCUCUGGGUGUGCUGGCUGUGGCUGUCUUCAUUCUGCUGAUGUUCAGGAGGCUGAGAUGUGCCAGGAACUUCAUUCACAUCCAGCUCUUCCUCUCCUUUAUCCUGAAAUCUGCAGCCGUGUUCAUAAAGGACGCAAAUUUGUUUCCAACUUAUGACACCAACCACUGCACCUUGUCCACGUUUGCUUGCAAGGCUUCUGUGGUUUUCUGCCACUACUGUAUGAUUACUAAUUUCUUUUGGCUCCUGGUAGAGGCGCUCUACCUCAACUCCCUGCUGCUCUCAUCUUUCUACCACAGCCGCCGCUGCCUUUGGGGCCUCAGCAUUCUGGGAUGGGGUGUGCCUGUUGUCUUUAUACUUCUGUGGAUUGGAUCCAGGGUUUACUUUGAGGACACAGAAUGUUGGGACAACACCAAGGACUCUCCUUACUGGUGGAUCAUUCAGGGACCAAUUGUUGUCUCUAUAGCGGUCAAUUUUAUGCUUUUCGUGAACAUCAUCAGAAUCCUCAUACAGAAGCUAAAUCCUCGGCUGAUCCAGUUCAAUAACUCCUCUCAAUACAGGCGCCUGGCCAAGUCCACCCUCCUCCUCAUCCCUCUGUUUGGAACCCAUUACAUGUUCUCCAGCUUUCUGCCUGACUACUUAAACAACCUGCGCUUCUACAUCGAGCUCUGCCUGGGAUCUUUUCAGGGACUUCUUGUUGCCGUCCUCUAUUGCUUUCUCAAUCAAGAGGUGCAGAAAGAGGUCCACAUGCAGUGGCUGAGGUGGCAGGAGAGGAGCUACGGCGUGGUGUCACCCGCGGCAAAGGGGAGCCAGAUGGACACUCCCUUCUGAUAUCUCUCUGGGGUGAUAGCCGAAUGCUCAAAUAGGACUGUUUCUGUGCAUAUUGUGUCUGUCUAAUAAGCUGUAGCGCACGCACAGUGAUUGUUUUUGAUUCCUCAGCGAGCUUUUUCACGUUUGUCCAAACCGCGGGACAGACUGUCGUACCGACUGCCAGAUUCUCUCUGUUCUUCAGGCAAAAACAGAGAGAAUCUGAAGUCAACUAAGAUUGCAACACAAUGCUCACGUCUCACACAACAGUUCUUGGAUACGUCUCCCUGACUGCACACUAAUCCCAUGAAAAGAGCAGCGUUCUGCCUUAGAGGCAUCGCUCGUUAAAUUAGUGACUCAUAAUAAUUUCAUCAAGCUGAGAGAUCGGCCUAACAAUUAUAGAGCCGUCAUUUAGAAAAUGAAACGUUAAUAGGGGGUUUAUUUUUAAUCAAGAAAACAAUGUUUCCUAAUUUACAUUUUAACGUAAACAUGGUGUUGACUGGCCUGUUCAAAUCAGUGUCAGCUUUCGAUUUUGGUGAGAAAGCGUUGUAUGUGCAUUAAAAAAAUACCUAUGUUUGAACAUUUUAUGUUGUUUUUACUCUUAUGCUCCUUGCUUGCUGUGAGUCACACCGAGUCCACGAAGAUUGAGGCACGAGUUACCUCAAGACUUCUUCUGCUUUCUUCAGCUGGAUUUGGGUUUUCCCAGGGUGCUAUUCAUACCAGAAACGCCAUCGAUCAAAGUUUUUUUUGUUCAUUUUUCAUUUGUGUUUGUAUCCUAAUUCCCACCUCUGUUUGGUUUUUACUUUGAGGUGUAGUUAUGCUUUCUUACUCUCUUUUAUUUAUUUAUUUAUUUAUUUAUUUACUUGUAUUAAACUCAGUUUCUACUACUAACUCGCAUUCAGCAUUGUGUUUGUUGUUGUAAAAAAUCUGUAAAAGUGGAUUUUAAUGAUAUGAUACAAUAAAUAAGCCUGUUUUUUGGGGGGUUUUUUUGCUUUUUUUUGUCAAUCAAAUCACUUGUGCAAAAUUUGCCUGCAUAAAGGCCAGAUCUUGACCCUACAGGUCUGCACUUUUUGUGAUCUUUGAGUCACAGUGAAGAUCAGAGUCAUGUAAGAGCAUUGUUUGGCCUUAAACUGAAUGUAAAACCUGUCAUAGUUUGUGCCAGUUGUUACUGAGUCUCCAUAAUAGAUUUUGAUGUUGCUGCCUUGUCUUGUCACCACUCUGUAUUUCCUGUGAGUUCAAGCAUAGACUUUUGUCCUCGGUAGCCUCUUUUAGGGAAGACGGUAACUUUCAGCUGGCAGCUCUAGGAAUGUUGAAACACUGAGAAUUAAUGUCUCACUGUUACUAACUGUGAUUUAAGUGAUGGGUGACUUUUAAGGACAAAAGCGGGGAUUUCUUAACGUUCUCACUCAGAAAGUUAGUGUGGAACAGUGUUUGGAAUUGUUUUUGUUUGCGUCACAUGAAUAAACGUAAUAAUAAAUCAGCUUUUUAAAACCA